AUGCUGGCUCCGAAGAAAGGCCUGCUGUGCAACCUCAACCACAUCCACCUGCAGCACAUCUCCCUGGGGCUGCACCUCUCCCGGCACCCAGAGCUCCAAGAGACCUCUGCCUCCAUGGGUGGAGGAGACCAGACCAGUUGCAGUGACUGCCCGAGCUGUGAGCAAGUGGAUGCUAAUUCCAACAAUCCCUCCUUGAAAUGCCGGUGUUGCGAGUCCCACACUCAGCAGCUGGUUACGUUGGGUCUCCAGAACCAGGCAGCUCAGGAAGAUUUCCCCUGCCCGCAUAUUGGGGAGGAGGUGGCUUCCCCUUGUGAUCCCCCUUGUGAUCUAGCUUCCUCCUCCUCCUCCUCCGUCAGUAGCUGCUCAGAUUUCAGCUUGGAUGACUCCCCAGUUUCUGUGUAUUGCAAGGUCCUCUCCAGAGAAGAGUCCCAAUCUCCUGAAAAUCAGCCCAACGUCAUUCCCAUAGAAGACACCCGGGAUGGACAGUUGUUGGCUGACCAAAGUAGGACAUGUGAUGGAAGAGAUGCCAACCUCAACCCCCCAGUGCUCCAGAGAUUGGACACCCUGGCUGGAGAAAGCCCAGACAGCCUCUGCAGCAGCACCUCACUUGACUCCCAGUGCGAUGAGACCUCUCCCAGUGUGGCAGCGCAGGAGACCAUCGGCAUCUGUGCAAAUCUAGACCCUAACUGCAACUCCCUCCCCAACCCUGAUGCUCCAUCUCUGGCACCGCCUGUGCCAGGACGGGAGGAUCCUGGUCUGAGCAGUGCUCCUGAGCCACGGCCCCGGGCUGGCAGCGUCCCCCCGCCUGUGCCGCCCCGGCCCCGGAGAUGGCUGCAGGUUCUCAAUGCACACAGAGCAGAGCAGCCACUCCUGCCCGUGCAGCCAGCGGAGCCGGAGCCCAGCUCAGGUGACCUCUGCAGAGACACAGGCAAGAAGACCAUCACAUCAUUCCAUGAGCUUGCCCAGAAGAGGAAGAGGAAUGCUGCUGGGCCUGCCCUUGCCCAGGCCAGGGCUGACCGGAGUGACUGGCUGAUUGUAUUCUCGCCUGACACAGAGCUGCCACCCCCCAGUGAGCUGCUCUCCAGCAUCACGGGCCAGGAGCCAGCCCGGCCCCAGCUCCAGCACGACUGGCCGGUGAAACCGCCUAGCUCCAGGCAGAGAGAGGUGACCACAUUCAAGGAGCUGCGGUACCGCAGUGCCUCCAACAAGCCCAAGGGCCCGCCAGCUGGCAAGCAGUCAGAGCCGGAGGCAUCUCAGCACCCAUCCGCACCCCUUGAGAUGGCCGUAGGCAGUGACAGCUCAGGCUGGAUGCCACCCAUGCCUCUGGGUGUACACUUGCUGGCACCUAUGGAAAGCCACCAGCCAAAGAGGAGAAGAUCCAGACUGGGACUGCAGCCCAUUGCAGAAGGACGGCUGGGGGACACAGAUGAAGGGGGGCUGCCACCGCAAAGCUGCCUCCCAGGAGAGAAGGGCUUGGGCUCUGGUUGUGAUAAAGAUGUCCUGGUUUGGAGGCUCAGGGGACCUCAUGGGAACCCUUGGGUGCCAGGGACGGUCAAGAGAGGAGAUCAGACCUGCAAGGAGG